AUGGGCUCUCGAAAACAUAAAAGAAAUAAUGUUCGCAAUGAACAUCAAGGUGAUACAUUUGAAAACAACGUGUUAAUAGUUGAAGAAUUUAACCAAAAAAUAAAUGAUCUUCGUCAUGAACCAACAUCAUUAUUAGGUGCAACAACAAGUACAAGGCUUCACAAAGGUCAACCAAUUCAAUUUCUUGAACAUAAUGGACAAGUUUAUGUUCCGUUACACGAAGAUUAUCCUUUACAAAGUAAAUUAGGUGAACAAGUUUACAAAGAUGUUCAAUAUGUUAACACGAUGAAUCAUCGUACUGAUAAUAAAAGGAAUGAUUCACAUAUGUACGAAGAAACAACCAGUAAUCACUUACAUCUACAGGAAAUAACAUCUUCUACACCUAAAAGAACCUGUGAUCAACUUAAUAAAUCACAGGAAAAAAGUAAAAAAAGCAGGAAAGAUGAAGCACAAGCUAUACAUACAAGAACAACAACAAAUUAUUAUAAUUCUCCAACAACAACAAAACUGCCUUCUGGUAAAAAUUACUCAAUUCCAAUCGAUCAAUUAAGAAGAGCAGUUGGAAAUAAUCUUCCAUGUUUUAUUGUUGAAUUUGAUAAAAAUAUUGCUCAACGUGAUCUUCCAUCAGCAAUUAUAGCAUGUGAUCUUAUUCAGGAUCAUUUUAUUAAAAAUCAGAUUAUUAUAAAUGGUUUUUCUGUUGCUGUAUUUAUAGGUCAUCGUUUGAAAUUGGGGGUAAACAAUAUGGAAGAUUAUUCAAAACUUGUACUUUCGGAUAAAUGGCCAACAACAAUUAAUGGAAAAAAAAUGUCGAUUAUUAAACCAAAAUUCGUUCCGGAAUGUUUUACACUGGUGAUACGAUAUAUUCCAAAAUCAUUUUCUAUUCAAAUUGUUUCUGAUGGAAUUAAACGAUCAAUAAGCUCAGCAGACAACAUUAAACAAAUUAUUUAUUCUUAUAAUCGUACUACAAAUGAUUUCCGUUUUACAGUAUCUGACCUAAUGGAAUAUGAAGGUGCUUUGAAACUCGGUCGAAUAUCAAUUGGUAAUCGUCUUCAUCCUGUUACAGUUUAUCAGCCUGCAAAUAAAAUGACUUUUUGUACAAAUUGCUGGUUAAUUGGUCAUACACGUGCAACAUGUUCGGUACGUGAGCGUAAAUGCCGUAUUUGUUUAAUGGUUUACGAUCAAGAUCAUACAAAUACAUGUUCAGGUAAACCACUUUGUGCCCAAUGUGGACAAGAUCAUCACUCACUAGAUCCUAAAUGUGAGUUUAUUCAACAAUACAGGAAGAAGUUGAACUUGGAAGUAAAACAAGCAGUUAAUGACGGCAUUAUUAAUCGUAAAUCUAUUCAAGUACAUCAACAACAUCAGUUUCAGAUCGUCGGAACUACUUAUGCUAUGGAUUUUCCGGCAUUAUCUAAUUAUAACAACAACAUCAAGUCUAAGGAAAAUAAAGUAUGGCCAGAUAUUAAAUCUCAACGUACAACAACCAAUAAUACAUUUUCAAAUGAUAUUAUCAUAAACAUGCUGCACAAAAUGAACAAUGAAUUAAAACAGGAUAUGAAAUCAAUGAAGGAUAUGAUUGUUAAAAAAUUAGAUGAACAAGUGAUGUUAAAUGCAAAAAACAUCCAAUUACAUCAAGUUAGCUUAUGUACAAUUAAUACAGCACUCAUGAAAUUGAUAAAAAAUGUACUUUAUCCAUUAAUUGAUAUAAUUCC